GCUGCUAUUUAGUUACGCCACUUCCGGGAUGUACGGGAGAGCAAAAUGACAGCUGGUUUGUUGUUAUCAACAAGGAAAAUUCAAAGUAAAAAUUAAAGGUAUGUUUAACUACGACCUUGUAAUUAUCAGGAUUUUAACGCGGUUUCUGAUGAUACACAAAUUACCUUGUGAUUUUUGAAGGGUUUUUUAUGUUUUAGUACCGAUGCCAUCUGUGAUCCAUCUCCGGCUCCAUCGAGCUGCUGCAGGGGGUCAGACUCCAAGUCUGUCUGCUGUCACACUGAUAGAGGGUUCAGUUUGAUUUGUAUUUAUUCAUAAGUAAAAUAUAGUUUCCACAGUGUACGUGUAUAAUGGAACACACUGGUUUUAACGUCUGCACGGGGUUAGCUUUAAGCUUUUUAGUUUGAAUGAAAGCCAGACUCCAUUCAAAUACGCUUCAGUUUUUUGGUUGAAUGUGUUUUAUUUGCAUAUGUGUGAGAUAACAGCACAAAUAUCCGACUUUCAUUAAUUCCUUAGAUCUAUAGACUAGUCCGGCGUUGAUUCUUGAGAAAAACUUUCUCUAACGAGGUUGAAAUAUGAACUUUUUUAAUAGGUCUGCCUUUUGUUUGAUUUAGCACUUCCCCCUUAAUCGUUGUUGCUCGAUGAGGCGCUUUUGCGUCUGGCUUACAUAUAAAAGUAAUGAUUUUGACUGAAUAUGGAUGAGAUUUCUUGUAAGAAAAUAUGCCGAAUGCACAACAUAAUUAAGCUCAUUCGCAGGUUAUCAUAUUUUCCAAUCUUUCAGAUGCAUAUAUUUGAAGGUUGGCAAAGAUAAAUAAAAUUGAUAAAAAUUAAAGGGCAUUUGGCACAAGCAACUGGAAAGAGUAGCAUCAAAAUUACUCUCGAGGUUUGAGCAAUGCUGGUGGGGGGAAAAGAUAUGCUAAGAAAAGAUAUUAUCCCAAUAUCAACUUCGAAGCAUUUUAUGCUUUUUGUGUGAAAGUUUGUUUUUGUUGUAAUAUUACUGAUAGUAUUUGUUAAAGUGAGUCUUGACUGUGCAGUACGUAUAGAGGUAGAAGAUAACAAGGCUGUUUCAAGAGACCCAUCAAGAAAACCUUCAUUUGGCCUGAUUUGUCAGUGGAAGUGUCAAUGUAGCUUAUGCUAAGUGCAAGAGAUAUCUUGGAAAAAGUCACUUGGCAAGAUUUGAAUUCUUUGCUGUUUCAACAUCAUUCAAUCAGCAGCCUGUAAAUGUUAUUAGCAGCUCUUUAACUCAGUAUUUGAUGCUGUGUCAGAUGUGGGGAAGUACAACAACUGCUCCAGAAAAAACUUCAGUAAUAGCAAAAGUACUGAUUAUAAAAGUAGAUGGGAAAUACUUGCACACAAAAAGCAACUUAACUACAUAAACAAAAUUUCAACUUGUGUCUUGUUUGUAUUCUUGCUGUGAAGUUUGCUUACUGUAGCUCUGAGCUAUAAAUCUUACUAUGACUCCCUGUUCUUUUGAUUUUAUUGAUUUCAGUGAAUGAAUAACAUGGCAGACAGUGACUUUUGACCUUGUUUGCUUCACAAUGUCAUGUGGUGACAACCCCCAGAGUCCUACUCCCUGAAUCCUGACGUCUGAUCAAAGAGAGGCCAGCAUUUCUUCUGGAGACGUUUGUCAGCCCAACCAGCCACUCUGGAGUAAGGCACGGCUAACAAUGCAAAAGGCCUUGACUUUUAUCUCUAUCGUGGACAGAUUUUUCUCAUUUUAAUGACCCGUAUUUUAGCUGCAUGUAAAAUUAAUGCACAAAUACAUAUGUCAGUGGAUACAGUUUUAAUAAGCCUGCCUUGAUAUCUUUAAAAGGCCACCGGUGCUAACAGAGACAACGACAGCGAGCAGUGACACUGGUCAAAUCAAGGGAAACGUCUCUUCUGGUAGGACACUUCCUGAUGUUUCUUUAAACUCAAGCCACCUACCUUCAGGGAGACAUGAUUGAAAUAUUGAACAUACAUGUUGUGUUGAAAGUUUUACUCCUCGUGUGUAAAAAUAACUGCAGCAUCACACUGAAUAUCUUGAGUUAUUGGCUUAAGAGUAACAAAUUGCUCAUGAUAACAUCACCACAAUUUACUGCAGCCCAUUCUCGUCAAAUGAGGCUUUGUAACAGGAUCUUUUUAUUUUUUAUUUCAGCAAAAACCACUGCAUAAUUAAUGCUUUCCUGCAGCAGAUUGGACAGUGGCUCUGCCCACCAAGUGAUUGAAAAGCUCACAGAUGCUCUUCAUUUUAAUUAUAGAAGCUGAAGUGAUAAGUUGGGUCAAGAGGGCUUCCUUCACUUGGUGAUUUAUUUCCACAAGUUCAGCAUGAAGAUCAGACUUUGUGUUUUUCUCCUCUGGGAAAAUUUAGGAAUAAUUAAGCGGGACAGUGUCUGCGGUUGGCUGAUAAGUAUUGAGGACACCUCCUCUUAUCCCUCUGUGUUCCCUCCAUUAUUUGUAAUUUUCUUUAGAGAUAAAACACUUACUACACUUACUAUGUGUAUCAUAUUUUUUCACAUAAAACCACUUAAAAGUACAGGUGAACUGAUUGUGAAAAACCCAAUACCCAUACUAAUUUUUUGCAUUGUCUGCCUCUUUCCCAGGACCAGCUGAGGUGGGAUCAGCUGAGGGGGGGUUAUUCCAGCAAGGUGGAGCCAUGGAGCCCCCAGAAGACAUGGAGGGCCGCAGCUUUGUGCAGGUGAUGAGCGAGAAGUACAGCCCAGAGAAUUUUCCAUUACGCAGAGGGCCCGGUAUGGGCGUGGUUGUGGUUCCCACUGUCGCUCCUCAGGGCUCCCCCAUGAAAGGUGAGCGCACUCAUGCUGGAUGCUCCUUUUAUGACCUGCAAAAGAGGGCUGAUUAUUUUUAUUUAUCACAUGGCUGUGUGAAACACUUGAUUCUGAUUGGCCAAACAUGCGCUGUAGUGGUCUGCUGUUCCUCAAUGACAGACUACCGUUGAUCAGGGUCUGUGAUCAGAGCUCCGAUCAUCUCUCUCUCUGUCUCCUGACCUUCAGAUCGUCUGAACCUGCCCAGCAUACUGGUUUUGAACAGCUGUGGGAUCAGCCGAGCAGGAGACCAGGCUGAGAUCGCUGCCUUUUGUGCCCAUGUCAUUGAAUUAGACCUGUCCCACAACAAGCUGCAGGACUGGCAUGAGGUGAUGCAUCUGGGUGCAUUGUCAUAUUUCAUCAAUACCCUAGUGUUGCAAAGAAACAGUAAUGUUAAGUACAGUUUUACACAUUUCUUAUCUUGUUGCAACACAACUGUGCAGAUUAAUUGACUGACUCAGUUUUGUGUUUAAGUCAAAAGGCUGCUGUUUGAAAAUGAUGAGUUGCUGAUAGCAUUAAAAAAAACAGUUUCUCAUUUUCAGAUCAGUAAAAUUGUCUCCAAUAUCCCAAACCUGGAGUUUCUAAACCUGAGCUCCAACCCCCUGGCGGGAAUGACCCUGGAGCCACGGUGUGCUGAAGCCUUUUCUCGGGUUCGACGCCUCGUCCUCAACAACACUCAGGUGUCCUGGGACACUGUGCUGCUGCUCACCAGAGAGAUACCUGAGUAAGAGGAGUAGCUAAUAUAGGCUUAUACAUUAUUCAGGGAACAGGACGACAUAAACUCAGGCAGAUAUAAGACAAAACCAAAGCAUCACAAAGUAUAUAUUUUUUCCAAUGUGUCUCUACAGAGUUAAAUAUUUAACUUAGUAACUAUUCAUUCAGUCCUACUUAUGUAUUCUAUGUAGGGUGUGGAUUUAGGGUUUUUUAAUAUGAGAGUAAGAUUUUCACAUUUAGCUUAAACACACAUUUCCCCCCAUGGCCAGCAGAGGGCGACUUAAAUAGUUGCAAACGAGGUUGAUAUGGAAAAGAACAGCUUACUGUAAUGACCCUGGAUCAGCCCACCUCUUGUGUUUGACUCAGUCCCAUAUUUCUGCUUCCCCCCUUGUUUCCCUGCAGGCUGGAGGAGCUGUUUCUUUGCCUUAACGAGUACAGUAGUGUGAGUGCCUCCAGCGUGGUUUGCCCCACCCUGCGCCUGCUACACAUCACCGACAACAGCCUCAAAGACUGGACUGAAGUCCGCAAGUUUGGCUCCAUGUACCCCAGCCUGGACACUCUGAUCAUGGCCAACAACAACCUGGCCUCCAUUCAGGACAACAAGGACAUCCUGCGACGACUCUUCCCCAACCUUCGCAGCAUCAACCUGCACAACUCAGGUCAGUGGAUCCAAGAGGGUGUCGCUUCAGCUCGAGCACAUUUGUUAAUAACAAAGGUGAUGUAAAUAAUGGUGAAAAUCAGUUUUAAUUCAGAUUUAAGAUAUAGACACUAGAAGUUGGGGCUGCAAGGUUAAUCACAAAAUAUCACCAAAAUCUUUCUGCAAGACUAGAAUAAGGAUAGUUAAACGCUGCAGAGUUGCUUCUGCCUCCAUCUCUGAUUCUGCCUCUGAUGUCUCAUACAGGCCAUAUUUGGCCCUAGUGAAAAUGUGAUUGACCAUGCCCACUUGAUCUUUAGAAAUGGAAAAUGACCCCAUUUUUAAUCUAAACUUUAAUAAUGAAGUAAAUUUUCUGCCCUAUUGUUGUGAUUGCUUAAAGCUCCUGUGAGGAACUUUGAUUUUUUUACUUUGGCACCCCCCUGUGGACAAAGAGAAGACCUUUAAAUUGUGGCUAAUUUUGAGUUACCCUUGUGAAAGUGGUGUGAAUUGACAAAAAUCCCCUCAUGUUGUCUUUUUACAGUAAAACUAAUCACCCACCACGGAUAUUAACAGUGGUUAAAAAGUACUUUGGCUGUUUCUCCAUCUUACCUUCCCCCUCACUGUGCUCAGCUUUAAAUUCUUGGUGUAUAAGAUUUCUCCAAGUCCUUUAGACAGAGCAACAGCAUGAGAGUCCGUAUGCAAUGAUUUGGUAACAACUGGUAAAUUUAGCUCGAGCAAACAUGUCACUGUAUCCUCAAAGCUUUUUAUUAUUUGCAGUCUCAUGACAGCUUCUUCACCACGUCAGCUUUUAUCUCAGGACUUGUGUCUAUUUUGGGGAGUAUUAGCAGUGAUCCUAUUUUUAGAGUUCUGUUUGGAGUGGAGGGGACAAAAGUGAUAUCCAAAGAUGUGUUUGAAUGUCUUAUGUGUAUCUCUUUGUCACAUCUCCUCCACCUGAGGCACUGAAAAAAAACCUUCUUGCAGCCCUUUUUAUCUUCACUUUCAAAACAAAUGAUUUCAUAAUUUAAGUAGGCAGUUUCUCUUGGUUCAAGGAUUGUGAAGAUUGGAUCCAGUGUCUUAAAACAAAAGAUGAUGGAGCAAAGAUUUCAGCAUGAGUCAUACUCAACCUACACACAGAGGACAAUAUUUUCAUUUCUGCCUUAUAACAUUUUCAAAUCACCGAACCUUGUGUGUUCCUCUCAGCCCCCAAACAUCAGUGAUAACUUCAGUCUCUAAAAGAAGGCUAAUAAUUUCCUCACCGGUGCUUGCUCUGUGGCUUAAAUGGGCACCUACUGUAUGAAUUGAGGCCUCAGUCUUUGAUGUGGUGGUUGCAGUUUUGACCCCUUGCUACAACACUUUGCUGCAAUUGCUGGGAAAUGAAUAAAAAAAAAAGUGCUAAAUUUAUGUGCAUUUAUAAACUUGUCUGCUUCUCUACGCUAAUAGGAUAAAAUAAAAAAAGCAUGAAGUAUUAACCAUUCACAUCCAAAAUCUGCUGUUUGGUGCUACAGUUGGGUCAGUCUCAGAGUCCACACUCAGACACCCACUCGUUCCUGUGGAGUCCGUGAGGGAUUGAGGUUGUCUCACAGAAGAAUUCUCAAGUGCAUGUUGGACCUCUUGUCGACAUUUUUAGCCAUUUACUCACCCUUUCUGAAAGUGAGAUUAUAUGAAGGUUUAGUAUGAGGGAAUUGUAAUAUGUCUUUUUCUGUCCCUCUGUUUUGCUGUUUAGUCUUUCAUUGUACAGCGCUUCGUGGCCUUUGCCCUUGAGAGGUGUUGUGAAGAAAAACUUGGCUUUAUUGGUAUAUUUUCAGGUCUCAACCGUUGGGAUGACAUUGAGAAGCUGAACUUCUUCCCCAAGCUGGAGGAGGUGCGGCUGCAGGGCAUUCCCUUACUGCAGACCUACACUAACGUGGAGCGACGGAGCCUUAUGAUAGCACAGUGAGUGGAGGGGCAUCACUUUAGCAUGUUAUGAGCCACUGCGUCAUAAACACCCUAAACUACAUAUAGCAGUGUGUUUUUGUUCCCUCACAGCCUUCCUUCAAUAUCGACGCUAAACGGCAGUGUUGUGAGCGACAGUGAGAGAGAAGACGCUGAGAGGUUCUUCAUCCGUUACCACUUAGACUACCCUGAAGAGGAGCUGCCUUACAGGUACGUAAUCUACAUACAUAGUCUGUACUUCAAAAGUGUAUAUGGACCAUAAACUGUUAACAGAAGAGGAUUUAGGUGCUUGAAGUUAUUCUUCAAUUGUAGCUCUUGAAGAAAAAACCUGCAGUCUCUUCAAUGGCCAGCAGGGGUAGACUCAAAGAAAGUGCGAUUGCACAAAGCUAGUAAAAUAACUGCAUAUACCGGUUCAUUUUGAAUCCUUGUACAAUUUUUUUCCUGGUAAGUCUGCGGUCUUAAAUGAACUUUAAAGUCUACUUCAGUACUGUACAAUGUUUUUGAAAUGUACUCUUCUAGUGUUAAGGAAAAACGUACAACCCCAAUUUCAAAAAAGUUUGGAGGCUGUGCAAAAUGUAGGCAAAAAAAAUUGCAAUUCAUUUUCUCUUGUAUUUGAUAAAAAAAUGUGCAAAGACAAUAUGUCAAAUAUUGAAGGUGAAAGAUGUUAUUGUUUCAUGAAAAAUAUAUUCUCAUUAUACAGAAUGUUCGAUGCCAGCAACACAUUUUAAAAAAGUCUGACCUUGAGUAAUGAUUGAUGAAAAGAUCUCACAUCUAAUUAGUGUAAUUUGCAACAGGUAAGUAGCAUGAGUGGGUUUAUAUGGUCCAGCAAUUUUGGACUGAGUGAAAAAUUGCAAAGACUUUGGGGAUUUCUUAGUCUACAGUACAUGAUAUCAUCAAGUGCUGGAGGUUUCAGGAUCUUUAGGCCCCAAAGUGGCAUUGCGUUAAAAACAGCCAUGACUUUGUCGUGGAAUUCACUGCAUGGUAACAACAUCCCUUUCAAAUGCAGUUUUAUUUGAACACAGUUAAUUGCUGCAUUAACAGAAACAGGCUAAAAAUGCACUAUUUGAAGUAUAAAGUAUCGGGACUCUGCCUUUUUUGCAUAUUUCAGCAAGACAAUACCAAACCAUUAUCACCCACUGAAAAAAUUUAGAGCAUGGGGAACACAACAGAAGAGACCCUGAACCAUUGAGCAGCUGAAAUCUUAUAUCAGGCAAGAUCACGACAACAUUCAUGGUGAAAACUCUAGAAACUAGUCUCUUUGGUUCCCUAACAUUCACAGAGUUACGUUAAUAGAUGGAGCGAUGCAACACAGUGGUAAACAUGCCCUAAUUUUUGAAGUACUAUUGGGAUUGGAUUUAAACUGAGCAUAUGUUCGUAAUGAAACAGAAAUGUUUUUCAUUUUCAAUAUUUUUCUGUUGUCUUUACACUAUUUAUAACCAAACACAGGGUUUUAAGGAUUUGCAAACUUUCAAAUUCUCUCCAUAAACAUUUUCAAGAAUGAAUCAACUUCGUGAGGACUGAAUUAUUAUAUUUCAGAUUUAAAAGUGAAAUAAUUCAGUUCAAGGGGCGGCACAGUGGCGCUGCAGGCAGUGCACAUUCCUCACAGCAAGAAGGUCAGUGGUUCAAUCCCCGGGUCGGGCAGGGCCUUUCUGUGGGAAAUGUGCAUGUUCUUCCCGUACAUGCGUGUGUUCACUCCGGGCACUUCGACUUCCUCCCAAAAACCAUGCUCGUUAGGUUAAUUGGUGACUCUGAAUUGUCCUUAGGUGUGAGUGUGACUGGUUUUCUGUCUCUCUGCGUCGCCUUGCAAUUGACUGGCGACUGAUUCAGGGUGUACCCUGCCUCUCGCCUGAUGACAGUUGGGAUAGGUUCCCGCCCAGCCACAACCUUGAAAGGGAGAAGCCGCAUAGUGGAUGAAUGAAUGAGUUUUAUGUUUAAACCAUCUUUUCAUACUAAAAAUGAUAGACAUAACAACAGAAAUUAUUGUAAUUAUAUAAUUAAAUUCUGCUGUAAAGAAAUCAAAGGGCCUAAGUGGAGGAAGGGGCUGUCAGUCCCACUUUAGGUCCUACAAUACUGCUCAGGCAGGGUGUGGUUAGUCGUUGGGCAUCCGUGAAAUCCUGGUUCUGUUUAUUAGGUAACAAUUAAACACACCACCCCAUGAUCUGUUCCCUCUUAGAUACCACUCUCUGGUGACCAAGUACGGGAAGCUGGAACCACUUGCUGAGAUUGACCUUCGACCUCGCUGCCGUGCCCAGGUGGAGGUUCACUGUGAGGAAAAAGUGCAGCAGGUGUGUUCAGUGGUGGAGUAUCUUGAAUGCUGUAAAGUUUCUGUAGGCGUGGUACGAUAAAACUCAGCUUCAUCUUGGGAAAACAUGUCUUUUUGGCUGAUCUUUUUUAUUUUCAUUUUUGUUGUAGGUGAACAUCCGUUUGGACCAGACAGUAGCUGAGCUUAAAAAGCAGCUGACCACCGUGGUGCAGCUGUCCACCAACAACAUGAGGCUUUACUACAUUGACAAGUGCAGCGCCUUCGGUCCUGAGGAGAUGAAGUACAACACCCGUGCUCUCCACUCCUACAGCAUCCAGGACGGUGAUGAAAUACUGGUGGUGCCCAAGACCAAGUGAACAGCAGGUGUCAGACUGGCUGAGAGGUGGGACUCACUAGUUGGUUGAUUGAAUUGGAUUGUUUGUUGAUUGGAAAUCACAAAAUCACUUGAAAUGUAUAAGAUUAAAAAGGAUCAGCAGCCCACUUGCUCAAGCGUAAAAACUAGAAAUGGAUGCAUACUACAUCGUGGAGACUGCAGAGAGGACUAAAGUGAGCUGCUGGGAGGGUCUGGUUUGAAAUACAGCCAGUGCGGAGAGAAAUUUUUCUUUAUUUACUUCAGCUAUAUUAAGAGGAACCCACUGGAGUCUGUGGACCAGCCUGUCAACGUGGAGAACAGGUUGAGAGAGCAACUCGCAAUCUGCUCACAGCUUAACAAGUGAAGAGGAGGGCCCUGCUCUACCAGCAAAGCAGCUCUAUCUCUGCGUACACAACAUUUACCAAAGCAUCACCGGCUUGCCCGCUUUUCCCAAAAGCUAACCUGUUUCGUAGUGAGGCACUGCUGCACUCAUCUGCACUUCUUGUGUGGGCACAAUAUCAGGAAGAGCAGCACUUGUGGCAGAAAAAAGAAACCAUGCCUAAAACACUUCAAUGCAGAGGUUGGUGAUGAAACUUUUUUUUAUGUUCAUUUUGUUAUCCGAUGGUGGGUUUUUUUUGUACUUCUUUGAAUUACUGCCAAGCUUAGAAGAUGCUACAUGACACUGACAUAGUUUGAUGAAAGAUCAACUAAAGAGAAAGGAGGUAGUCCUUUAAGAGUCCAAGGACAAUCAGAGUGAGAUCUAAUAUAGAAAAAGACAUCCUCAAAGAUCCCAUAAGAACAAAUAUGGAAGUAGUAGCAAAGCCCUAAAGUGUAACCUACUUUUAAAAAGACUAUCACUGAUGAGAGCAUCAUGCUUUAUUUAAAGGAGACUUUUUAAUUAUUGUGAAAAUAUAAAAUAAGGUAGCUAACAGGUAGGGCAAUCUGCAGGUUGGCUUUCAAGUGUUUAUAUUAACAUUUACUGGCUGCUUGAAGGAAUACAGCCUUAGACUUUCCACACAUAGUUUAAUUUUAUAACCCUAUUCUGUAUUUAUCUCUUACAUGCCCAAGAAUUUCCCACAAGGGAGCUGUAUGUCUGUAUAACACACUGCCCCCUACAGGCUUCUUGCGACAUAAAUAUACAAAUCUCACUAAAGGAGAGUUGCUGUCAACAAAGAGUGACACACUUUCACCCACACACACUUAGGUACACAAGAGACAAUCUCCCAGUGCUCAUUUAAGUAUAAAGGGAUAAAAAUAAUCUCUAUUUAUACCCAUAAUAUUUGAAUUGUGAUUUGAUUAUUGCAUAGAGGAAUAGGGAGACGUCACUUCCAUGCUACUAUUUGAUAAUGAAAUAAAUGUAGGUUUCCUGUAAACAAGCAGUUAAACAGCACAAGGCCAAUGUAAUCAAACUCUACUCCUGCCAUCUUCGUACAGUACAUCAAAACAACAAUUGCCAUGUGUACGUUCAGGUAAUAAUGCCAGUGUUGCCUGUCGCAGGAAUCCACACAACACACAGUUAUACAUCUACUCCUCAGAAGAUGUUAUGAAGAGUCUUUAGUUUGAGUGACCUGAAAUUUUUUUCACUUGUGGACAGGUCAAAGACCAAACAAGACUCUGUUAUCAAAGAUUUACAUCUUAAAAUAAUGAUUUUUUUUAAAAGUCAUAUUUAAAACAUUCACAAAGAAAAUUGACGUCAUUUAAAGUAAAAAAAAGCUACUGUCCGUCUGCAAACACAUCCUACAUUGUUAAUAUAAAUACUAAUCCUAGCCCUGACAAGGCAGAGAUUUUGUUGGGGGGGGGCAACACCACCACUGGCCACCCUUCUGGUCACAUCCCUGUUUAAGAAAAUAUGUUGAAUCGUUUCAGUAAGCCUGUGCACAUUUAACGGAGCACAGUAAAGCUCCUCUUUCUUAAACUGAAACCUUUGUGGUCCUUUAAGGCGGUCCCAUUGUUUCACAUCGUUAGAGUUAGCAUAACGACCUUUUUCGAAUUUUCAAUUAUUAAAUUAUUUUUACACACAUUUAAAUGUAGGUGAUGUCAUCAAGUUAAAUGUCUGUUUUUUGCAUCUGUACCAGAGUUAUGAUUUACAGUUUAUUCACAGUUUUCCAAUCCUAUAUUCAGUACAUUAAUCUUAACAGAUGCUUAUCUCACUACUUUAUAUAUCAUUAAAAAAAGACCUUUAUUUCUACACAUCAGUGUCUCAUCUUUACACAAUAGAGUGUUUUACAUUUCACCAUUUUCACUAUUGCAAAUAAAUAUUUCCACCAAAGAUAGCUCUAAAAGUUUAACAGUAAUAAUGCAGAAUAUAAUAAAGUAUGUACAGAUUUUAUUAUACAUUCUUCACCUUACAUAAGAGGAGCAUAGAUCUUUGAUGUUAUAAUUUUAACUUAUCUGAAGCAUUUAGGCAGCAGGAGGAUUUCUGACAGUGCAGUGUUAUAGAAAAAAACAUACCUAAUAGGCAUUUUAAAAACUGUAUUUAAGGGUUACACAGUCAGUUAUUUGGGAUGUCUAUAGAUCCAGAUAUGCACAUAUUUUUAUCCUUAUGUCAUAGUACAGUACAGAAACUCCCUAAAACUCUUCUAUAGUAUAUGCAGUCACGCUAAAUAUUUAGAUUAAAAUGGAUUCUAUUGGGAUUGGGUUUAACAAACAAAAUCAUCAAAAUCGAACAUAGUUUUACAGUGGUUAGAAAGAUGGCAUUUAAAAUGAUUCAACCAAAGAAAUCUCUUUACCCUUGUGAUUUAUCACAGAACCUCCCUUUGCCAACACAGCUGUCAGUCAUUUUUAACCUCAGAUAGCUCAUUAAAACUAAAACUAAAACAAAUCUGCAUGAUAACAGGUAAAUGUAACAACAUAACCUUGUUUGAGGAAAAAAUUAGUUGAUGUGUAUUUUAUUUUUUCUGUUUUGACCCAUGCUCCAUCUGUCUGCAUGGUGGAGGCAGGAUUGUGACUCAUCUGCAGAGGGAGCUCUAAAUUAUUUAGCUUCACAGUCAGCAAACACUCAUGGUGUCUCGUCUGAUUUACAGUUCAUAGACUGAACAAACACCAUCGAGUUUAUGAGAUUGAAAAUGAACAAUAUCAAAACGUAAAUCAAGCACCACCCUGUGGAGCCAUUUGGUACUGCAUUAUUGUUACAUUUUAAACUUGGUGAAUAACAAGUUGAUGUUCAGAUGCACUGAGAAAAAAAGAAAAAACUGUUUCAGUACUAGUAAAACUAAAGUAUGUCAGCCUCCUGUUGAAUGGAAGUGUGCAGGGAAUAAUUAGUUUUUGUCCAAACAGAAAAAGAAAGUCAAUGUUUAGUCUCACAGAAAUGCAAGUAUUUAAUUUUAAAGCCUGUAUCAGCCAAUUUUCAUGACUUCAGAUACUUUUGUGCAUCCCUUUUGAUUUUUCACUGAGACUCUUUGAAACAAAAAUCUGUUUAGACUUGAAUUGCAGCCCAUUUACUGUCAACAGAAAGUUUAACCAGUUUGAUUUUCUAACAGUGUUGUCACCCCUGAAGCUCUUUUAAGUCUGUUAAGGCUAAAAUAUCACUACUACUCCUCAUAUAUUAUAUGGCUACACUUGAGUAUUAGAAAGUCUGACAUACAAAGACUUAGUGAAGGUAUAGCAAUGACACAUAGCAGGCUAGAUGAAGCUGAAUAAAUGUAAGUGUAGCAUGAACCACAGCCAUAGACAGUUAUUACUGAGUGAUUGUGACUGUGAAAACAUGUUCUAAGUGCGAAUGUAUGGAAUGCUGUUGUUUGUUGGCUAUUUUUAUUUAUUUCUAAUCUGUUCAUUUAUUAAUUUAUUGUAUGUAUUUAUUUAAAUUAUUAUAAGAUGUUUUUGACAGAAGUUGAAAUGAUUAUGUGUUAUUUACUUGUUAAAUUCUCACCUUUUUUUUUUUUUACCAGAGAAAUGUUUGUCAUCAUGUUAUAUAUUUGUCUUAUGCAAACUUUCAAAUAUGCUGUAGGCCAGAGAUUGCCAGGAUGUGUUAAAGCCUCUAGAAGCUUGUAUUUUUUUUCUUUUAAUUAGAUUCAAAGCAUUUAUCUGUAACAUUAAACAUUCAUGACCAAUAAAGAAAGUAUUGUAGAAUUUAACAAAAGGAAAUCCAUGCUCAGGUUGUUAAAGCUCCUGUGAGGAGUUUGUUUGUUUUUUUGAUGGUUUUGAAAAUAACUAAAAGAUUACUGUUACCACCUUAUGGGCUGCAAAAGCAAAUGAGACCAUAAUGAACACAGUAUAUUAUUUACAGUUUUGUUGUUGUCAUGCCUGGAAACUGCUGCUGCAGGGUCGCUGACAGAUGAAGUGAUUCAUGACAUGCUGCUAUAAGGUUUUUCUUUAUAUUUUCCACUACAGAGUUAUGCAUUUGCCUUUUAAAAGAGAGUAGGAGGAAACACUACCCCUAUAAGUUCAGGAUACAACAAUUGAGAGAUAAAGGAAGGGGUGUCCACAAGGUGGUGUCAAAAGCAGCACAAACCAAAUAUUACUCACAGGAGCUUUAAACUCAAAGGCUUCAGUAAAGCUGUGAUCAGGUUUGCAGACUGUAUAAAUGUAAUGCUCAGUAAAGGUCAGUGAAAUGAAAAUAUAGGCAGGUAUGAGGCUAUUUUUGGAGGUAAAUCAACAUAUUAGGGAGCUCAAUAUGCACCUGUUGGCUAGGUUUCAACAAUAUUUGCAGUCUUACCGUUUACUGGCUAUUUUUUCUGUCAGCUGACAUUACCUUGGCUGUUUUGCUUGACUGUUUUAUGAUGAAUGGUGCAGGUUCAUUUAGCAGACUGGAACCCUGGAGCAGAGAAGUUUUGCCUCAUGCAGACACAGCUUGUGUCUACACUGUCGAUAACCGAUAGUAGUGAGUGAUAUCUUUGACUGUUAAAGAGAGCAGUGGCCUGUUGCAUCAUCUCUAAAGAGUUAUGUCUUGUGUAUGAAACUCUUGCUUUUGUAGUUUAAGUUGUUUCCAUGUUUGGUUGCAAAGGCAAAGCAUUUAUCUUGACUUGUGGAGUGCAAGUCCACUCUAACCAAAAUACUGCCACAAAAAUGACGUUUUCACACCAACUGGCCUGUCUUUGAAAAACACCUCUUACCCCUUUGCUUCACAUGCAUUAUUCCACUCAUUACCUGCCCACCAAUCAAUAAUACCAACAAGUUGACUUCAAGUAUUGAAGAGAAAUUAUUUUAUUGGUUCUAAAAUGGUUAAUUCAUUAAGCUUAUCUACCUGCUUCAGCUUUAAGCAUAUUUGCAAGUUUCAGUCAUGCAAAUGUCUCAAUGUUUUCCCACUUUAAGGCAUCUUUUUAUUUUGCAGUCAAGUCUUCAAAUUGUCUCUCAUAACUGUCAUUUAUCACAUUAAAAUGAGCAUGUUUAUUCACAAUAAAUUCAAAAACACUAGCACUUCAUUUAUUGGCCUUUUUGAACUGAUGCAGACAAUUGCAGCACAUGAAAUCACCUUCCUGUUACAUUUAUAGUCUGUCUGUAUGUGCUUCUCAGUCAGCCAGUCCUGUAACACUGCUGAAGCCCACAGGGUGUUGCAGUUUGUGGUUGCUUCACGUCUGUUUUCUUCACUUUGGUUGAUGUCUUUUUCAUCCUACCCCUUGUGUGUUUUAACAUCCCUUGGUAGUUUUCUGUGCAUUUAUUUCCUCCAUGCUAUAGAAAUUUUGUGUUCUAUAAGUUUGUAUUUUAUACCAAUGUGAUCAGGAAGUAAUGUUUUUGCCUCAUCCCCAACAGAAAGAAAUCAUAAACAGCACACAAGAUGGGCUGCAACUCCUUUCUUUUGUCCCUUGCUUUUGCCUUUGUCUCUAAGACUUAAUUACCAUUGCAAAGGGUUCUGACCAAUCAGAGUUAAGUAUUGAACCCUUGAUUGGUUUGUAAGAAAGCCAGAGCAACAAAAGGGUAUGUGAUGAAGAACAAUGAGAGUAUUUAACUACAGUUAGAGUGAAAUAACAGUGAUAUUAAGAGGGAAGUCAUGAACAAUAACAUAAAUUAAUCAAGCAGUACUCCAUUACUGAGCAGGUAACCUUAUCUCUGGUCAUGGGGUUAAACUCUUAAACUCCUCACAGGGGCCUAAAAAAGAAAUAAUUAGAUGAGGGUUCUGUCUGCUGGAAUAAAGAUAACUCAUUAUUUUUAAAGAUGGAAGUUGUUAUUAUUGUUAUCAUCAUCAUUAUUAUUAUUUUGGAUUGUAUAAGGUACUUGUCAAUAGUCAGUGUAUCACCCUGAGGGAAUGCUGGUAAACUCAGAUCCUCUGUUGAUGAACCGCCUCAUGAACUGGAACCAAAAUUUGGUGACUGACCAAUGCAUCAGAGUCGACACAGCCCCUAAUCUAGCUAAUCUAAAGAAACUCCAACUAAAACAUUAAUAUGAGAGUUAAUGCAUUUUUUUGGUCCUUAACUUAUGUAACAGGAAAUCCUUUUGUUUUAGCACUGUUCUCUUUCACAGUGCACACUGAUUUGCUUGUCUGGUCUGCAGGCUUUGGAGAAGACAAAAAAGCCAAACGAAGAAAUACGUUUUUCAGAGACAUGCUUUUUUUAUAAGAGCACACUGACCACAAUCCCCACUAAUGAAAAUCAAACUACUCAUUUAAUACUUUACACAUAAAGUGAGGCAUCUGUGAAUACACAACAGUGCAGUAUGGACUGUUUGAGUGGAAACUAACAGAUACCUUUGGUUGAAGGUCUGUAAGUAAACUCACAGCUUCACAUCUGCCUCUCAUAGUAAUGUACCAGGGUUUAUGAGAAUCUCAGACGACAUCUUUUUGUAUGUUAUGAUAGAUUUUUGUUGAACCAAACUUUCAGAGUUCAUCCCCACUCAGAUUUGUACACCAGUAUUUAAGCUAAGUAUUUCACAAAACUAUUUAUGUAUCACAUGAGACUGUUCACAAUCUUUGGCAGUUAAAGCUUGAUGACUUUUUGUAGGAGCUUAUACAAUGUAUUACAAGGAACAGAGUGAGUCAUCUUUCUUGAAGUAGUAUUUGUAGAGGAAGAUGCAUCAUGGGUAAUAAAUUGCAGUUUCCCUUCCAA